UAUAUCGAUUGCAAGCCCUGAAAUACAUCUCCUCUCCGUUCAACCUGAUUAGGCAGUUAUGGACGCUAACAGUGAUGAUUCUUACAACAGUCCAGCUGAAGAUGAGGACACUGCUAUAGAGAGAAGUUUGAUGAACCUCAGAGAUAUUGAGGUGAGAUGUAGGAGAGCAGCUCAUAGCUACAUCGCAACGAGUAAAUACGAGAACAAUGGUUUCUUUUUUAGAUGUGCUGGAGCAGCAGUGUCUGGUGGGACAUCUUUGCUUGCUGUUUUUGCAGGUAAUGAAGUAAUGGGGCCUGUUGUUGAGACAUAUGUCAAGGUCCACAUUCGACAGUCCAUGUGUUUCAUUGGAAUUGUAAUUGGCAUCGUCACCUUCCUUGGUAUGCUAAAAGGAAUAGACAGUGUUAUCGGAGCAUGGUUCUACGAGAAGGCUCCGAAGUACAACCAAGCUGCGGCCGAGUGGCAAGAAAUGGAGCUGCGGAUCAAAGCUUUCCUUGCUGCUGCUGUCAAAGGCACAAUUACAGUUCAAGACUGCAAACUAUUCACAGAAGAGUGCGCAGAGAAACGCAAGAAAAUAUGUCUUAUUGCUCUUCCGGAUCAAAAGCCCCUCACACGGUAUCAAACUGAUUAUGAGCUCCUUAUCAAACGCAUGUAAAACCUCCGGGAAUUUCAUAACAAAAGGAGACAAAAUCGUCUGUUCUCUUGUUAGUGCCUGCACACUCCUCAUUUCGAAUCAUUAAUUAAGGCACUUGGCACCAAUCAUCACUUUGGGUGUGUUGUACAUGUGAAACAACAUUAUGCUAUGUCAUAUUAUUCUCUUGUUAAACAUUGUUGUUUUCUACCUGCAGUAAAGCAUUCACGACAUACUGGUAUAUGCCUCACCUGCUGUUUUGCCUUUGACGCUAUGUAUUUUGUAAUGGAGUGUAUUAACUUUGUUCCUCAGAAUUCCCCAAAAUAUAUAUUUUUUCCAUCAUGUCGGGUGGUUUCAUAAGUUCUUUUCUUAUUCUCCAUACUGAAAGGCCGCAGGCCAUAGUGCAUAUACUACAAGGUGUAAUCAGAUAGGAUGAGCAAUUACGUUCUUACUGAUAUGACAUGACAUAUUACAAGUUACCUCCUGAUUUUAUUGAUUUAUUGGCUGAUUCCCUCAGUAAACACACAUGUUAACAUCUAGAUGAACAAAGAACCGUUUUACAUUUUUCAAGUCAUUAUAUUUAGUAAAAACUAAUUUAAAAUGAUAUCCAUCAUGUACAUACUCUUACAAAGCUUUGUCUUAGUGAUAUUAAAAACACUUUUGACAGUUUGUACCAAUUUUGGAUUGUUUGAAAACAUAACCUACCUACUACCUGUAUCACUGCAUUGAUGGUACGUUGUUUCAAUGUAUUUAGCGCUGUUCUUUUUCAUCAUUUUCAAUAAAUAAUUUGCUUCA